AUGAUCGAGACCUUGACCACGACCGUGACGUCCCUGCAAAUGUCCUUGGCCGAGCUCCAGAAGGACAUGUCUUCCUCGUCAUCGGGCGCCGGCGGAUUUUCGGAGGGACAGCGCCACCAGGAUCAUCCCCCACGGUUCCAAAAGAUGGAUUUUCCCCGGUACGACGGGAAAUCCGAUCCCCUGAUCUUCGUCAAUCGUUGCGAGUCAUAUUUUCAUCAGCAACGGAUCAGGGAGGAGGAGAAGGUCUGGAUGGCCUCCUACAACUUGGAGGAGGGUGCGCAGAUGUGGUACAUCCAAGUCCAGCAGGAUGAGGGCACCCCGUCUUGGCGUCGCUUCAAGGAGAUGCUGAACCUGCACUAUGGGCCGCCGCUUCAUUCUGCCCCGCUGGCUGAUUUGGCCGACCGCCGGCGGACGAGCACGGUCGCCGAGUAUCAAGAUCAUUUCCAGGCGCUCCUUCCCCGUGCGGGUCCGCUCGAUGAGUCGCAGCGGGUACAGCUGUUCACCGGUGGUCUCCAGCCGCCGCUCAGCCUCAACGUCCGCAUCCAGAAUCCCCAAACCCCGGCCGCCGCCAUGAGUUUGGCCCGCCAGUUCGAGAUGCGGGAGCAGUUCACGUCCACGACCACCAGGGCUCCGGGCCACAACCGCGUUUGCAAGCGGUUGUUCCUCCUCAAUGGUGUUGAGGAGGAGGAUGACAGGGCGACCGAGGAGGCCGCCGUGUUCGCGGCAAAGGAGGAGGCGCCCAUGCUCUCCCUCCAGGCCCUAGCCGGUGUCGCCUUCUCCGACAUGAUGCAACUGGAGGUCCAGCUUGGCUCCGCUUCCCUCGUCGCCCUGCUGGAUUCCGGCAGCACCCACAACUUCAUCUCGGAGGCCGCGGCACUUCGGACGGGACUGCAUCUACAACACCGCCCCCGCCUCACGGCCAUGGUUGCCACGUAUUAA